CAGAUUUUCCUCAAUUUUCCCGAACUUUCUUUCCAAUUCAUAUAUAUAAGAAUCUCAAAUAUCUCUCUCUGAAAUCAAACCCGAGUUCUGAAAUAUCAAAGCUCAAUUAACACACACUUACUACUAUUUUCAACUUUUUUGUUUCACUGUAAAUUUUCGAGCUUUUCUAAAGCGCUUAUAUGGCGACCAAGUCAGAGAAAGCCAUAGGCAUCGAUCUGGGGACGACGUACAGCUGCGUCGGCGCGUGGGUAAAUGACCGCGUCGAGAUCAUCCCGAACGACCAGGGCAACCGCACCACGCCGUCCUACGUGGCGUUUACCGACACCGAGCGGCUGAUCGGCGACGCCGCGAAGAACCAGGUCGCUAUGAACCCUCAGAACACUGUCUUUGACGCGAAGCGCCUCAUCGGCCGGCGAUUCUCCGAUCCGUCCGUGCAGGCCGAUAUGAAGCUCUGGCCUUUCAAGGUCAUCCCCGGCCCCGGCGGCAAGCCGAUGAUCGUCGUGACCUACAAGGGAGAAGAGAAGCAAUUCUCGCCGGAGGAGAUCUCUUCCAUGGUUUUGAUAAAAAUGAGGGAAAUCGCCGAGGCGUUCCUCGGUCAGCAGAUAAAAAACGCCGUCGUAACGGUUCCGGCCUAUUUCAACGACUCGCAGAGACAGGCGACGAAGGACGCCGGAGUGAUCGCCGGACUGAACGUGAUGCGGAUCAUCAACGAGCCAACCGCGGCCGCGAUUGCUUACGGACUCGACAAGAAGGCGUCGAGAAAGGGAGAACAGACGGUGCUGAUCUUCGAUCUCGGCGGUGGAACCUUCGACGUCUCGUUGCUGACGAUCGAGGAGGGGAUUUUCGAGGUCAAGGCCACCGCCGGUGAUACGCAUCUCGGCGGAGAGGAUUUCGACAACAGAAUGGUGAAUCACUUCGUAGCAGAGUUUCGGAGGAAGCACAAGAAGGAUAUGAGCGGGAACGCCAGGGCUUUGAGGAGAUUAAGAACGGCCUGCGAGAGGGCGAAGAGGGCACUCUCGUCGACGACGCAGACGACAAUCGAGAUCGACUCUCUCUAUGAAGGAAUCGAUUUCUACGCGACGAUCACGAGGGCAAGGUUGGAGGAGUUGUGUAUGGAUUUGUUCAGGAAAUGUAUGGAGCCGGUGGAGAAAUGCCUAAGGGAUGCGAAAAUCGACAAGAGCCAAGUCGAUGAGGUCGUCCUCGUCGGCGGAUCGACGAGAAUCCCCAAAGUUCAGCAACUUCUGCAGGAUUUCUUCAACGGCAAGGAGCUCUGCAAGAGCAUCAAUCCCGACGAGGCCGUCGCGUACGGUGCCGCCGUCCAGGCGGCAAUUCUCAGCGGCGAAGGGAACGAGAAGGUCCAGGAUCUCCUCUUGCUCGAUGUGACUCCUCUCAGCCUCGGGCUCGAAACCGCCGGCGGAGUAAUGACGGUGCUGAUUCCUCGCAACACGACGAUUCCGACGAAGAAGGAGCAGAUUUUCUCGACCUACUCGGACAAUCAACCCGGAGUUUUAAUCCAAGUCUACGAAGGCGAGCGCGCGAGGACGAAGGACAAUAAUUUGUUGGGGAAAUUCGAGCUCACCGGAAUCCCGCCGGCGCCGAGAGGCGUCCCGCAGGUUAACGUCAUGUUCGACAUCGACGCGAACGGGAUUCUGAACGUGACGGCGGAGGACAAGACGGCGGGUGUGAAGAACAAGAUUACGAUCACGAACGACAAGGGGAGGCUGAGCAAGGAGGACAUUGAGAAGAUGGUGAAGGACGCGGAGCGGUACAAGGCGGAGGACGAGGAGGUGAAGAAGAAAGUGGAAGCGAAGAAUUCGCUGGAGAAUUACGCCUACAAUAUGCGGAACACGGUGAGGGACGAGAAGUUCGCCGGGAAGUUGAGACCGGAGGACAAGGAGAAGAUCGAAAAGGCGGUGGACGAGACAAUAGAGUGGCUGGAGAGGAACCAGUUGGCGGAGGUGGACGAACUUGAGGACAAGGUUAAGGAGUUGGAGAGUGUUUGUAAUCCGAUAAUUGCGAAGAUGUACCAGAGUAGUGGUGCUGGUGGGGAUGUGCCGAUGGGUGAUGACUAUGGCGGCGGCGCUGGUGGUGGUGGCUCCGGCGCGUCGGGAGCUGGGCCCAAGAUUGAGGAGGUUGAUUAGUUUUUUUUUUGUGUGGUUAGUGUCGUUUUUGGGGAGACUAGAAAGUGGCUUCUUUUGUUGUUGUCGUUUUGGUUUAGUCGUAAAUCGUAAUAGCUGCCUUGAGCGAAUAAUAUGGGUUUGCAUGUAUUUGCGUUUUCUUUCUUUUUUGUUUUCUGGUGUUUAUUUUUUUCUCUUUCACUAAAAUGUAUGUACAGUUUAGAGGUAGGCAUGUAAUGGAAGUUCCCAAAGCUGUUCAAAUAUAAUCUCCUUUUGUGCAGGAAAUCUGG